CUGCAGUAAUAUCGGAAAGAAUCGUUAUCCAGAAAUUGGUCUCAGCGCUAAAGAGCUAAUAAAAUGCUGAUUCUGCUUACCUAACACUGUUUAACCACUCCUCCGACCUCUUGCCUCGGCCUUCUUGGAGCUUGAGAAGCAAUAUCGGCAUUGGCAACGACACUUGCUAGACACAAUCUCUGGGCGUUGUUUAUCAUGGCCGGUACCGGGAAAGCAGUUGUACUUGGGAUCAGUGGAUGUUCGUCAAGUGGUAAGACAACUCUUAGUCGACUUUUGCGUGAUAUAUUUCCAAACACUUUCAUCCUGCAUGAAGAUGACUUCUAUCGACCUGAAGAAGAGUAAGUUUGAACUUUGCUGUUUGAUCCUUAAUAUAUCUUCUAUUUUUGAAUCAUCUUGUUACUCCCAAUAAACCCUUGGUGCAUCGGAACUGAUGGUAGCUAGACUCCCUAAAAAGCAUGAUCUGGUAGAUUGGGAUUGUGCUGAAGCUUUGGAUGUACCAGAAAUGGUCAAAUCCCUUGAACAUAUACGCAAAGAAGGCACAUUUCCCGUUAGUGAUAUAUCCUCAUUCUGUUCAUAGUAAGAAGUUUGACAAAAUUUCAUAGCCUAAUCUCGAUUCUAAAGAAGAUCAAAACUCUAUUGGAAAAUGUCCAGUCCCAGAUACAGAGAUUGAAACAUUGAAAUCUCAAGUAAAACUAUGGACUCAGCCUGGACAGCCAGGCCAUGGAAUUCUAUCCAACACAGAUUCCCCUAUUCGGCUUUGCAUUUUUGACGGGUUUCUCCUCUACUCCAAGUUUUUGGCCCAAGUUCAAUCUCAAAUUGACAUAAAACUUUUCCUUCGUGUUAGCUACGAAAAAGCAAAAGGUCGGAGGGAAGCCCGCAGUGGCUAUGUAACCCUUGAGGGGUUCUGGGAAGAUCCACCAGGGUACGUUGACAAAAUUGUCUGGCCAAAUUAUGUUGAGGAUCACAAGUGGAUGUUCGAAAAUGGUGAUGUUGAGGGGCAAUUGAAGGAAGAUGUCGUUAAUGAAUUGGAUCUGAAAUGUCAAGAUGGAGGUUUGGAUAUCGAUAUGACGACGACACUCAAGUGGGCUGUGGCUACGGUCAUGGAGUCCUUGCCUUCUUUUGCACGGGGCCCCUGAUCAAUCUAGGUGGAGUGGCUAUUCGAAGUUAUUUUGACCAUGCGAUGUAGCCUCUGAACAUUUGGGUGUCUUUUAUUCACUUAACUCGGGACAUUCAAUUUGGUCCAUCCAAAUUGUUCAUUUGUUGGUCUUCUUCAACAAAUGCACUACAGAAGAUAAUAGCACCAUCCAUACUAUUUUCGUCAUUUAGCAUCAAUGCAUUGCUCUAUACACAAUAUGCCUCUGAAAACAA